CUAUGAAUGGAGAUUUCUUUUAAAGCUCUUGAAGGAAAAGUUAGAGCUUGUCUGUAACAAUUCCUUUGUAAACUUAGGGUAGUUUUGAGCAAUAGUCUUUAUCCCACCUUUAUAUACGAUGGUUUUUUCUUUCUGCAAAAAAAGAGGGGCUACACAUUUCCUAGUAACAACUAUAAAUAAAGAUAUGGCAUUUCUUGUAAGGCUCUAUAUGCCAAAAUUAUGACAUUUUCGUAACAUUUUUUUGUAAUUUUAAGGUUGUUUUGAGCAAUGAUAUCUAGCUAGCAUGACUAUAGAUCACAUGGAUUUUUUUCUUUUUUUGUGAAGUACUCACCUUGGAUUAAACAUUUUCAAAUAUUGUGUAGUUUGAAAAUGUUGCCCAUUCUGGAAAAAAGGACUGGAACUAGUUACCUAAACUGUUUUUUCGAAAGUUUGAAGGUCAUUGAUGGAAACCACAUACGAUUUCAAUGCUUAGUUUAAUGUUUUCUUUGUACAAAAGUAAGCACUUUACCCAAUGCCAUUCAGAUUCCCACAUUGCUGUAUAAGGUGUAACCAAAUUUGGGCCUCAAAAGCAGGGAAAAUUGGUCAAUUUUUAGGAAAAAAGGUCCGAGAGGUGGUUUUGAGCUAUAAUUUUUAGCUAAAUGUGAAAAAAAUUCUGCAAAACUGGUACACGAUCCAUAGAACUUAUGGACUACAACAGAAUCCAUAUGAAAUCAAAGUGACUGCUAACUAAUUUUAUAAUUUAUAUAAUUUCAAACAUAGAACCCAGAAAUUCCUUAAAAAUGGCCCAAAAAGGCCCAAAAAUAGCAAAUAUUUAAUGGGCCAUAAAAUCUUAACCGAUAACCGAAAUCGAACAAAAUUUUCAAAAAAUAUCUAAAACCAUAGUAACUUUAACAUAAGUAAAAAUCUAGUAAUUUUGGAAACCUUACUUCCUCUGAGUGCCUGACUGUUACAGAAAAUGGCUCUUAAGCUACAAAGCCUUGUUUGAUUCGUCAUUCAAAACAAUAGUUGAUGACUUAGUGGGAGAAGAUGAAAAUAAUCCAGAGCUAUCUGCAGCGGCUGGCUGGUUACGCGAGGUGCUUAAUUAUAAUGCCUUUGAUGGUAAAAAAUCUAGAGGUAUGAUGGUGAUAGGAACAGUUGAUUUUUUUCGCAAAGGAAAACCAACUAAAGGGGAAAUCCAACGAGCAAUUAUUCUUGGAUGGUGUGUUGAAAUUCUUCAAGCUGUGUUUUUAGUUGCUGAUGAUGUAAUGGAUCGUUCUGAAGUGAGACGCGGAAAACCAUGUUGGUACAAAAGGUGUGGUCUUGUUGCAAUCAAUGAUACAUAUUUGAUGGAGCAUUCUAUUUUUAAGUUAAUUGAUAAGCACUUUAGUGAGACAUCAUAUAUUUUUAAACUAUAUAGAACUUUUCAUCAUAUUAUUUACUUGACAGCAAUGGGACAAGAACUUGACAUGCUUGCUUCAGAACCACCUGAGGGUGAAUUUUCCUUGGAUUCGUUUACUAAAGAAAAAUAUAAAUCUAUAGUAAAGUACAAAACUGCUUUCUACUCGUUUUAUUUGCCAGUAUGUUUGGGUAUGCACAUAGUUCAAGUAGAAGAUGAACAAGUAUUUCGAGAUGCAGAAUCAGUGCUUCUUAAGUUAGGUGAAUUCUUUCAAAUCCAAGACGACUAUUUGGAUUGUUUUGGAGAUCCUAAUAUUAUGGGGAAAGUUGGCCGAGAUAUUGAAGAUCGCAAGUGUUCAUGGUUAGUUGUACAAGCAUUAGACCGAGCCAAUGACAAACAAAGAGAGAUUUUAAAAAAGAAUUAUGGUAAAGAUAAUGCCACAUCUGUUUCAAUUGUUAAGGAGUUGUAUAAAGAGUUAGGACUUGAGAAUGUUUAUAAUACUUAUGAAGAGGAAAGCUAUAAGAAUUUAUGUGAAUGCAUAGAUGCAUAUUCAGAAAAUUUCCCAAAGCAAUUUUUUCUGUUUUUAACUGAUAAGUUAUACAAACGACAAAAAUAGAACUAAAAAUAUUUAUAGAUAGAUUGUAAUCAUUUUUUAUGUUACAGUCGACUCCCGGUAACUCGAACACCGGUUAACUCGAACUUUUAUUAACUCCAACUGUUUUCUACAUACACCCUUGUAAAAACUACUCGUUAACUCAAACCCCGGAUAACUCGAACAUUCGUUUUCUUGAACCACUUUUUGAUCCCCUUAGUUAAUUUCUUCGAAUAACUCGAACUUUUUAGUGUUUUAGUAGAAUAUAAAUUUUUGAAAAAGCUAUUCUCUACUGGUUCUCUUUACAAAGGAGCGGAAAUUCUCCUUUUGAUGGCAAUGUAUGAUAAAGCAGAAGGCUUUUCAAAAGUUUCGAUCUUACAGAUUUUAGAGCGUCAAAUGGAUGGCUGGGGAAGUGGAAAAAAAAUAUUUAGAAAAUAAAUACAUUCUUGCUCAUAACAAAAGUUACUAUCAACAAGGUUCAGUCAAACCGACAUACUAAAUUUCUUUCAGUGAAUGUAACAUUUGUAAAUUUUAUAGAGUCUGAAGAAAAAAUCGCCUUAGCUCGAACUAAUAUCUCAUUUUUGUCUAAGUUCGAAUUAAUGGGAACUUCGCCUAAUUCGAAUAUUCGUUAAUUCGAACUGUUUUCUCUAGUUCCUUGAAGGUUGGAGUUACCGAGAGUCAACUGUAUUUUCCUUACCUAAAGUUAGUUUUCGCGAACUUAGCUAGUUUUAUGCAAAAAUUUAUCUGCACGAAAAUUCCUGGAAAGUUCAAUAUGUGAAAACAAAUUACUACGAAUUGUGAGAAAAUACUAGAUUCGUGAGAAUAAUCCAUAAAAACACAUUAAAAUGGUUCUUUUGCGAAAAAAAUAUUUACAAAUGACUGAUUUGCGAAAUUUAUUCGUCGCAAAAUUCAUUUUUUCGACCUCGCGUAGGCAAAAGUCAACUAAAUUUAGGUAGCUAUGAAUCAUAGAAGAAAUAAAAGGAAUAUAUUAAUAUUUACAUAUUAAUGUAUAUAUAUAUAUUUAUAUAUUAUUAGAUCUGACAGACCAGGCUGAUAUAGGUAUUCCCUUGACUUUUAAAUUCUGUUUUUUUAUAUUUUAAUUGCAAAUGGCAAGUGAUGUGGUGAUAAAUUUCUUUGACGCAAGUAUCUUGAAUUUUUUAUCUUGCGAACUUAGAAAAUAAAUGUACUGUGAAUUUGCUUAUAUCUCUAUAAUAAUAGCCGUCCUCUGUCUGUCUCUGCGCGGACCCCCCCACUGAGUUACAAAAUGAUGUUACGGAAACACGAAUAUCAAAUGCGAUAUAUUUUUAUCCACUUUGUUGCGACGGGUAAAUAUAAAGAGCGGGCGAACCCGUGGAUUUUUCCAAGGGCAACGACUAGUUUGUUAAUAUUUACCUACUUUAGAUAGCUUUUCCUAAAGUUGGAUACAAAAAACGGGUGCAUGGGGUUAAAAAUUGGGUUUAUAAUUUGACUCUUUCUCACUUUGUUUAUUUUUGUGCACAUUUUGCAGUGAACAAUCCGUAUGUAAUUUUUAGGCUAUAAAAUGAUGCAUAUAAACGAAGUAUAUGCUGUAGUUUUAAUAAAAUUAUAGAACAACAUUAGAUAUAUUUUGUAGACCUUGCUGACAGAGGUUGUAUAAAAAAUAUUCAUUUUAUAAUCAA